AGACGGCCCCGUGCGAGGGGGCCGCAACCCCCUGAGCCACUCCAGAAGUCCCAGUGGCCGCCGCCAUGGAGUCUGCCGCGAGGGGCGGCUCGCCUGAGUCGCUGCUGGACGCCGUGCUGGCGAUACCGAGCGGCGUUGCCGCCUUCUGGCCGGUCCUCGCCGUGGCGGGAGUCGGGAUCCUGGCGUCGCUGUACUUCCAGCCGUCGCGCACCAGGUGGGCAGUGCGGCUUCGGUACGCGGUCGGUUUCACAAUCGCCAUGGACUUCAUCAUCUUCUGGCUUCCGUUCAUAGUCUUCCAAGGGGCGAUCUACAAGCAGGGCACGCAGCAGUUCCUGGGCCCAAUUUUCGAUAAGUUGGACGGAUCCCCAGCGAUGCGUUGGCUAGCAAAGAAGUUCGUCUACGAGAAACCCAAGAAUUCAGACUACUUCAUGACCCAGCUGCUCUUCCUCUUAAACUUCAUCCCGAAUUUGGCUUUCAUAGUGUACUUGCAGCUGACACGGGGAUCUCUCCCCUGGUGGGCACUGGCCAUCUACUACCUCAAUUGGGUGGGAAUUGGUUCUCGGUGCAUGGGGGCAGCUUAUUUCAUGGCUCAUAAGGAAGGCCACUCUUUGAAUCUGUACAAGCCUUGGAUCAGAGAAAGCCUCGGCAAUGUCUUCGAAAACUGGGUAGGACUGUUUUAUGGUAGCGUGUGGAACAACUUCACCACGACGCAUAUCGCACUGCACCAUAGGCUUGAUUCUGGUCAGGGUGACACUCUCUACUGCUGGGACUGUAACCGCGCCAGCAUCCCCGACUUCCUGGUCUACCAGUGCCGCGGCCUGCUGCACAUGAGCGGCCUCGGGGCCCUCUACCAGUUCUGGCGCCACCCAGAGUGCUGCGGCCACGACAGGC